AUGAAUCGCUCCAUCAGUACCAAGGAUCGCAACCGCACCAGGAGUCAAUCGACCAAGGAAUCCUCUGCGCCCCGGCGUUCAACGAGUUUGAGCCAUCGGCAGAGCGGCGAUUGGUCUAAAAAAGCCUCCAUUCGACGUCGCUUGCCCGGCUGGCGCUCGUACCAAGGCAAGCAGACACAACGCCUGCAGCAAGCCAUCCAACAGGCCGACCUCUCAGCCAUUGCCCGCGCCAUCCGAGAUGGCGCCGAAAUCAACCAUCGCGAUCAACACCGUGAUUGGAAGACCCCACUCUUGAUGGCCAUCAGCAUCUACGACCCGAGCAAUGACCGCACCCUUGAAGUGAUUGAGAGUCGGCGCUGGUGCCUACGUUCGCUGGCUGCUCUUCCGUUGCACGCACUGACCAUACGCUUGGGGCCCACGACACGUCAGAUUCUGCUUCGGGCCAAGGCCGAUGGUGAUUGCCAGGACGUUAUGGGCAACUCGGCUCUGCAUACAGCUGCCCACUUUGGUCAUGUCGACGUGGUCCACCUUCUCUUGCAGUACCAGGUCGAUUGUCAUCGCCUGAACAACCAAGCUGAGAAUGCCCUCUUCACAGCCGUUCGCCAAAAUCAAGCCGCCUGCGUGCGCCUCUUUGUCAAGCGCCUUCCGCAAAUGCUGCCCGAGGUGCCACAGGAACAGCGGCUGCUUGGCCUCUGUCUGCAGUCUUGUCAAUAUGACACGCUCGAAGAUAUCUUGCGCGCUUACAAACUAGCCGCCCCAAAUGACAUGGAUCACAUUCUCAAUGCGCUCCAAAGAAAGCAGCCAGACAACACCCGCCUCGCUCACCUCAUUAACAGCAUGCGCAAUCAGCAGCCAUCAGACAUGGCUGCCACCAACAACAACCAUCAACACCUCAAUACCUCGACCGACCUAGACCAGUUGGGGCCAUUGCAGCCCUCCAAGCCAUCGCGGCCCCCAGCAGAAGACCGUCGCCGUCGGUCCUCCCUCCUCGCGGCACAGUGGCUCGUUCCCACUGCCCUCACCGUGCGGCGUGGAGCUGAUGGUCUCUUGGGCUUUAGCGUAGUCGGGGGCAUUGAGCAGGAUGCCCUCCCCGCCAUUGCUCUCAGCGAUGCGCACAGCCCCCACUACGAAGGCCAGGGCUACCAAUUGCGGGAGGGUGACGAACUGCUCGCCGUGGAUGGUCAUCCCGUAGCUGGCCUCUCUCACGCCGGCGUGGUUGACCUCUUUCGUCAAUGCGAGUCCCGCGUUUCUCUCCUCAUCCUACCGCUCGAGGCAGAUGAGCAGGACUACAACACCGGCAACACGGGUGCGCAACAAGGCAUGCGUGAACGAUCCGGGACACAAGCCAGCCUGCGCAGUGUGACUCAGCAGCAGCCUCUGCUCUUUUACGAUGCUAGCGUGCCCCUGACCACGCGCACACCAGAAGCGGGUGAGGUUCAGGGCCAAACCUAUCACUUUGUUUCGCCGCAACUCUUCCACUUCUUCCUCGCCAAUAAGCACCUGGCCGAGUGGGGCCAGUAUUUAGAUCAUUACUACGGCUCGCUCAAGCGAUCCAUCGAGGUCCGCCCACAACACAAAUCGCGUCAAGCUGCCACGUCUGCCAUCAAGAUUUGCCACCUCACUCGCAACGCCGAGAACGUCUUUGGCUUUGGCAUCCACGGUGGGACCGAUCAUCGCAACCUGCCCUUCAUCGCCCACAUUGCCGAUGUUGCCUACGCGCCGUCUUCGCCCAACCGCAUUGCCCACGGCGACGCGAUUCUGCGUAUUAACGAUGAAAGUACCCUCACGUGGUCCUCCGAGCAGUGUGUGCAAGCCAUCACCAGCUCCCUCAACGUCCUCACCCUCGUGUGUAUGACCCGCACCGCCAAUACCGAGGCGUUUGCCCUGCCCUCGCCGCCCCCCGAGGACGUGCCCACCAAUGUCCGCACCAUAUCGCCGUCCAAGGUGGUGAGCGCCAACAGCACCCCGCGCAACCAGUCGCCUGCCGUGCCGGUGCUCCUUGAUGCCCAGGCAGAUCAAGCGCGUGCCUCCCCAGGACCUCGUGCACACCGUCCCAGCGGGGGUGGCUCAAGCCGACGCCGCUCGGGUAUGGCCUCGUCUGAAGCCACACCUGCUUCUGCUUCCGAUGGAUAUGAACCGGUGCGCCUGACUCGAAAGAUUCUGGAACAGCGCAAUCUUUCAUACCUCAUUGCCGCCAAUGAGGCCCUUGGUGACGGCUCGGUCCGCACGGAGAGUGAUAUUGCUGCAUGGACGCGCCGCGUUCUGGAGAGUAAUCAGCAGAUGGAUCAGGUCAUGAACAAAACGGAAGACAAGGUCCCACAUGAGACUCGGGAGCGAGCUUCAGACCAACACAGGCCAAAGCGGACUGCCAGUGGUCGUAAGCGAUCCUCCGAUGCGGCCGUAGCACCCGCGCAGCCUGCGAGCGCUGCUCAGCCAUUGCAGGACGAUGGCAACAAUGAUGCCGAGGCCACCGCCUCUCUCCCUCCCGCUGCAACUGUCCUUCGCAUGCUUGGUGAUCAGGGUGAAACCGACACCGACCAAGCGGAGAACGCUGGUUCCAACUCCGCUGCCACCCCUCGCGCUGUGGUCGAGCUCCAGCAGCAUGGUGCACGCAACCCUCAGCGCAGCCAAGCCUCCUUCGAUGAACAGUCGAACGACGUCUUCCGCCAGCGCUCCAGCACUGUUACCUCCACCCGCGCUCGUGUUGGUAGUGUCAACCAUCACCAGCAGCACCGCUUGGCGAGUCUCGGUAGUCGUGCUGCCAGUCUUGAUCCGAACGUGGACCCCUCGCCCGUGCCAGAAGACUCGCCCGAGCCCUCCGUUGUGCUGGUCCAGGACCGUCGCUCCUCGGCCAGCACCCUCUCCGAAACGCAGCGUCAGCAGCAGCAAAAACAGCUGUCAAGUGAAGAGCAGGCUCAAGAGGCGCAGUCGUGCGGUGAACAACACAUCAACGUGCAGCGUGCAUCCAAGUCGUCCACCGGCUCCACAUCAGCAAAUGCUUGUGAUCCCAAACCCGAGGCUACGCAACUGCCCCAAGCGCCAUACAAUGAGCCGAUUCCGGCGCCCGUGACCGUAGCUGUGGUGGUCGAACCCAUCACCACCACCCUGUCGCUGGCUCAGGCCACGGCCCAGCCACUAAACGAGUCGCCGGCACGCCUGCUGCCUCGCCAUGCAGGUGAAGACAUUGCAAUCAAGACCGAGGCGGUGUUUGAAAGUCCAUCGCAGGUGAUCAAGCCGGUUGAAGACAACUCAGCGGUGGACGAGGCAGCACUGGAGGACAUGAAGAUGAUGCAACACAUCGGCCGCGCUGGUUCUGCCGCGUCCCUGAAGCGGCAACAACAUGAAUUGGAGGCUGCUGCAGAGUCGGAUGGCAGCCCCACAAAGUCCUCGGCUGGCGAGCCGGACGCUAGCGCGUCCGCGGCGUCCUCUGCCAGCGGCGCACUGGAAUCAAGCCCGGCCGCAGCGGCCGUGGCUGGAGCUACUGGCCUCAAGCGAGGUGCAGAGUGGUUGGCCGCAACCACCGACUCGGAAGACGGCAGCGAUACUGGCUCUGACGCCGAUGAUGGAUACAUGCAGAUCACGCACGGCAACGAGAAGGUUGAUGCAAUCUUGCAGCACCUUCAGAGCAAGCUAGAUGCAGAGGGCGGCCUGCAGACUGAGUUUUCGCGACUUCAGAGCGUGGGCUUGCGUCACAAGUCCUGCGCUACCCAGGCCAAUCGGGACAAGAACCGCUACCGCAAUAUCACGGCCUAUGACCAUUCGCGCGUAGUUUUGCAGGUUAACCCGGAGGAGGGUGGUUGUGACUAUUACAACGCCAACUACAUUGCGGGUGCCCGCAGCCCCUCGGAUUACAUCGCCUGUCAGGGACCCACCAAUUCCUCCGUGGACGACUUCUGGCGCAUGGUAUGGCAACAAAAGACGCAAUGCAUCGUCAUGGUGACCAACUUGGAGGAACAGGGCCGUAUGAAGUGCCUCAAAUAUUGGCCUGACCUGGCCCCGGGAGUCUCAGCCGACGACCUGCGCGCCGAUGAGCUGCCCAAGCUGCAGCUUGGCCCGUAUGUGGUGUUUUUCAAAGAACGCCACGAGCACAAGCUCUGGACACAGCGCGUCUUUGAGCUGGAGCAUGAAGGCGAAGGGCGUAUGACCGUGACCCAGUUUCAUAUGACCGCUUGGCCUGACCAUGGUGUGCCAUCGGAACCGUCGGAUCUGCUCUACUUCCGCCAGGCCAUCCGUGCAGCUUUUCCCAACCCCACCUCUCCCAUGCUCGUGCAUUGUUCAGCCGGCGUUGGCCGUUCGGGUACCUUUAUUGCCAUUGAUCACAUGCUUCAACUUAUUUUGGACGAGGCACGGGCGGCCUCCGACGUCCCGGACGUGCGCGACGUAGUGCAUGGCAUGCGAGAUCGCCGGAAUUUCAUGGUCCAAACCGAGGAGCAGUACAUUUUCAUUUAUUUUGCCCUCGAAAUGGCACUCACAGCCAUGCAAGCGACGGACAAGGCAGACUUGAAGAUGGCGUUGGAUGAGUUCCAUCAGCACACAGCUGCCUAA